UCUCAAACAGUUUUUCAUCAGCUCGCCAUGUCCAUUCUAAGAAAAACCGUAAAAACGGAUAGAAAACUCAUCGAGUUCUUUUCCAAGCCGCACACCCUUUCGCUCCUAGUUCUCCUCAUAUCCGUGCUGAUAUACCAUGCAUUCAACAUGCCCAGCAAUCCCUACAAGUCUGCGCUGUUCUCAUCGUUCCUGGUGUUCAACGUGAUCGGCAUGCUGCAGUUUACCGACAGCAUAUUCAAGCGGCCCAUCGCCAUUCUGUGGCGCUGUGUAAAGGCAAGCAGCAUAUACUACCUGGUGAUUCUCGUCCUUAUGUUCUACUUUGAGAAGGAGGACAUGCGCAGAGCGCUGAGCUACUUCUACACCGAGCUGAACGUUCCGCUGCCACAGCGCUCGUACGCUACGCAUUGCGAGAUCAACAUGCGCAACGUGAUCAACCAGAUAGACGUGUUUGUGCCGCUGCACAUUUUUGGAUGGUUCUUCAAGACCCUUCUGCUCCGCGAUCGCACGAUAUGCUGGAUACUGAGCGUGCUCUUCGAGUUUGCGGAGUACUCACUUCAGCACCAGCUCGACAACUUUGCAGAGUGCUGGUGGGACCAUUGGAUCCUUGACGUGCUCACCUGCAAUUUUCUGGGCAUUGAGAUGGGCAUGCUGUUCAUCAAGCGGAUGCGUGUAAAGCGCUACGAGUUUAUAAAACUGUGCAACUCGUUGAAACGGUACGUCGCAAUUAUAACGCUCAUUGCUUUUAUCCUGGCGGCAGAGCUGAACGUGUUCUAUCUCAAGUUUUUGCUGUACAUCCCGACGGAGCACAACAUCAAUCUGUACAGGCUGCUCAUUUUUGUGCCUGGCGGUGCACUGGCCGUGAGAGAGGCAUUCGAGUACUACGCGACCAGUGAGAAGAUUGUGCGUGGGCAGCUGUGGCUGUCAAUGGCAAUCGUGUGUGUGGAGACAAUGGUGGUGGUUAAGUAUUCGAGGGGAGUGUUUGUCAGGCCCUUUCCCAGAGUUGUCGUGAUGGGAUGGUGCGCGGGGAUCUUCGUUAUCGUUCUGGGCGGUCUUUUCUUCUUUUUAAAGAAUAAUAAAAUUCGUGGUUGAGAG